AUGCUGAUCACGCUGUGCUACCUGUACCUGUGGGCGCGCUGGGGGCCGCGCUCGGCCGCGCUCGUCCGCAGCACCGUGCGGAGGCUGCACCGCUCCCGCUGCUCCUUCACCUUCUGCGCCCGCCAGCCGCACCCCGACGAGCGCGUCUGCCUCCGCGUCGGCGGCAAGGUGUUCUGCACCGGCGAGGCGCAGUUCCUCGAUGACCUGAGCAGGUGGAGAGGGCUGCUGGCCGCUCCCUUUCCCCCCGCCGAGAGGCUGCUGCCCGCGGAGCACAUCGCCUUUGUGACAGAGAGCGUGUCUGCUCUCCCUCAGGACGGGCACGGGGGGCCCGACUCCUCCAGGGAGAUUGUCAAGUGGUCAGAGUUUUGUUCACCCUUGGCCUAUAAAGCUGGGGAACCUUUUCAGUUAAUGGCUGCAGCCAGUGUAGAUAAUUUCAGUAGCCUGGGCAUAGCGUUCCUGGAGGACAGGCUGCGCAUGGAGAACGGGAUGGUGCCACGCAGGAUUGUCUCUGUCCAUUUAGAGGAAUCAGCUCUGAAGGAGUUGGCGAAGCAGAGAAAAGAGGAAGAGGAGAGCACAGACAUGGAUGCAGUAACUCCUGCUGGGAAAUCAGGGUUAGCAGCAGCUGUGGAGGACAAAUCCAGGCUGGAGGAAGAAAGGGAAAAUGAGGGACCAGGAGGUGGGGAGCAGCACCACCUGCACCUUUCCAGCUGCCACGAGUGCCUGCAGCUGGAGAACAGCACCAUCGAGUCGGUGAAAUUCGCCUCAGAGGAGAGCACCCCCGAGCUGCCCCAGGACUGCAGCAGCACAGGGUGGGACAGGGAGCUCCAAAACGUACAAAAAGGCGUCAGAAGGAUGAACCUGGCUGGGAAACCCCCGAACAUCUUGAUUUACCUGGGCUCUGAGGCUGCCGAGGGGAGGCUGGAGCAGGUGAAGGCCGUGCUGAGGGAGUGCGUCGAUGCCGAGAGCUACACCCUGUACCAGCUGCACCCGGAGCAGGUGCUCAGGGAGCCCUGGCUUGACAACUGCCUGCUGCUGCUCAUUGCCACCCAGGAGCCCCUCCCCGAGGGCAUCCACAGGCAGUUCAUGGCCUUCCUGUCCAAGGGGGGGAAGAUCCUGGGCCUUUCCUCCUCCUUCACCUUCGGGGGAGUGCAGAUGAAGCACAAGAAGAAGCUGAGGAGGGUGGUGCACGAGCUGGUGGUGUCCAAGCAGGACGGCAGCGAGGUGAGGCUGAGCCUGCUGCUCAGUGGCUCUGUGUUUGAGGAGGGCCCCAAGGGACAUGGCAGCAGCAGGGGGAAGGUGCUGAGUCGGCUGAGCAGCGCUGCUGAGGACACGGUGAUGGUGCAGCUGAGCCACGGCAGCAGCGGGGGAGAGGCCAUCCUUUGCCAGGCCCAUUUGGAGCUGGACAGCAAUUCCAUGGAUGUGCAGACUGAGGAGGAUUUCAAUUUGCUCAAAAUGAGCAAUUCCAAGAGAUUUGAAGUUCUCAGGGAGAUCCUGACCUGCCUGGGGCUGAGCUGUGAACCAAGUGCAAUUCCUGAAUUAACCCCCAUUUACCUGCUCUCUCCUGAUGAGGAAAUCCAUCUUGCUUUCCUGAAGUGGCUGGAGGGGAACGUGGACGCUGAGGGGCUGAGGGCGUCCAGCAAGGUGUCCCUGAGGUUCGUUCCGUCCCGUGAGUCCAAGGUGGAGGUGGCCCCGUCCCUGGUGCCCGUCAUCACGGAGAUGGGCAGCUUCUCCUCAGAGCACUUCAGCCUCCACACCUACCAGCAGCAUCUCCACACCAAGAAGCUGGGCAAGAUCCUUCUCUUCACCGAGGUGACCACGAGCACCAUGAAUCUUCUGGAUGGGUUAAUGUUCGACUUGCCUGAGGAGAUGGGUUUAAUAGCAGUGGCUGUUCGACAAACACAAGGGAAAGGUCGUGGUGGGAACGUUUGGCUCAGCCCCAUGGGCUGUGCCCUGUCCACUCUGCACCUCUCCAUCCCUCUGCACUCCAACCUGGGCCAGAGAAUUCCUUUUAUCCAGCACCUGGUGUCCCUGGCAGUGGUGGAGGCAGUCAGAUCCAUCCCAGGCUAUGAGGACAUCGAGCUGCGAGUGAAGUGGCCAAAUGAUAUUUACUACAGUGACCUGAUGAAGAUUGGUGGGGUUCUGGUGAACUCAACACUCAUUGAAACAACAUUUCAUAUUCUCAUUGGCUUUGGGUUUAAUGUGAAUAACAGCAACCCCACCAUCUGCAUCAACGACCUCAUUGCAAAGUUUAACAGGGAAGAGGGGACGGAGCUGAAGGCUCUGAGUGCAGAUUGCCUCAUUGCAAGGACUGUGACUGUGCUGGAGAGGCUCAUUGAGCUGUUCCAGGAGAAGGGGCCCAAUGGAGUUCUGCCCCAGUACUACAAGUACUGGGUACACAGCGGGCAGCGGGUGAGGCUGCGCGGCGAGGACGGGCCCCUGGCCUGGAUCGUCGGCGUCGAUGACUUUGGGUUCCUCCAGGUGCACCAGGAGGGCGGGGGCGUGGAGUCCGUGCACCCUGACGGCAACUCCUUCGACAUGCUGAGGAACCUCAUCGUGCCCAAGCACUGACAGCGCUCCCUGGGGCUGGCGCUGCCACCUCGGCCUCUGAGGGCAACUCGCGGCUUGGUUUUGCCUUCUGGUGGUUGUGUUUGCCGUGGGUAACGUCGGCAGCUGAGGAGAGGUGGUGAUCUCACAGCUGAAGGCCUUUAUUCUUUUCAUUAACAUUAAAACUCACCUCUGCUGCCGUUCUUUGUAAGGAUCUGUUCUUUGCAAGGAAUAUUUGUGGUGAACACAACUUUCUCCGCAUUUACACCCUGUACUGGAGAGACUGAAGUGGCUCAACGUUUCCUUUUUUUUUUUUUUUUUUUUUGUUUCUGUGUGAUUUAGCACAGUGCAGGACAAUAUGUACUUUUUUACUUUGUUUUUUUUUUUUUUUUGUUUUUCUGUGUUGUCUGCACUAAAACCAGCUGGAACAUCACAUAUUCCUGAAUUGCUGGGAUCACCACUGUGCUUAAUUCCAGGUCUGGGUGAAGAUCCUGAUUUGGUUCUUCUCUACAAUAAUUUACCAACCUGUGCUUCGAUCUCAGGUCUGCAACUCUUAAAUGGCUGCCUUGAGUUUUUGGGAGAGUUUUCCAUCAGCACUGAGGAGCUGUGCUGGGUUAUCCAAGGGAUUUGCACUCUGCUCUCCUCAGUCACCUGGAUCUGAGUAAAAUCAUCUCACCUGUCCUUUAAAUCGUGGUUUUCCAAGGGGUUUCAGGAAGGAAAACCCGCUGGAGCAGUGUCACACCCAGGUUUUUGUAGAAUCCCAUCUCAGGGGAUGGGAUCCUACAAUUACCACUAAUUAAUUCUAUAAUUACCGCUAAUUCAGAAUUUAGUGGUAAUUUUAUCAUUAUCUCAAUGUAGUUAAGUGAAUAAAUAAAGGGAAUAAAUCAAAUUCCCUUUUGCAAACAACUAUUCCAUUGAGAAACAGAAAUCACACCAUUCCCCCGUGCCCAAAUCCUCUUCCACAGCCCUUUUGUCACCCCCUUUUCCAAACCAUGGUCUGGUUUUGCUGCUAAGCCCUAAAACCAGGAGCUUUAACCCCUGCUGGCCUGGAAGCAGCUGAAUUUUGGGGCUGCCUGCACAUUUCCAUGUGGGGGAACACCCUGGGAAUUCUCCUGGAGCUCCCACUGGGAGUUUGGUGGGGUUUUCUCCCAAGGAGAUUUGGCCACCACAGCUCCCCAAACAAUUUUGUCCCAGGUGUGAUGUGGCCACCUUAAUUUCUUUUUUUUUUUUUUUUCCAUGGUGGAUCAGCCAGAUUGGAAAUUCCAGAAAGGAAACUACUGUCUUCUAGCCAGAAAUGGGGUUUUCAGGCUAAAGUUCACCUCAUAAACAAUCCAAACAUUUUAGAUUGUUUCAGCUCCAAAGCCAAGAAGUCUUAAACCAAGGAAACUUGUCUGUGAUGGUAAUUUUGACCAAUCCUCACAUAUUAGGGUUUAGGUGGUUUGGCAGCAAGAGGAGAAAUUAAAUUGUCCCUGUUAAAUUUAGGAUUUCAUGCUCCAUCUCACAGAAGAUUUGUCCUGAUUGUCCAAACCCUGCUGGGUUUUCUUUUUUUCCCCAUGAUCCAAAUCACAUGAGGCUGCACACCAGCAUCUACUAGAACUACAGACAGCUGUUAAUUGCCAUAAUUAAAAUGAUAAUUAAAACGAUGCACCAAGUUUGGCUUUUCCCCACCAGAUGCUUUUAAAAACUGCUUUGGGCUGAGGAGGUUUGGCAGCUGCCUUUGAUAUCAGAAUUCAAUAUUAAUGCAUGUUGUGAUCAACUGAGACUCGAGUCUGGCUUAAUAAAGCUUCAAUAAAAAGAAAAAAAAACAUAUAUUUAUAUAUAGAUUUAUAAAAAAUGGGUGUGCACAUGCACCCUCACAUCUUCCUGCUGCAUCCUCAUUUAUUUUCUGCCUUCUCCUUCACGAGCAAACUGCAGCAAAGCAGAGCUCCGGUGCUGCUUUUCCAACCACAGGGUUUUACAAAACUUCACCUUAAGCCAGAAUUUGUAGCUGAAAGUGUCUCGGCUUUAGGAUUUGCCUGUAGGGAUUGCCUUUAGGAUUUGCCUUUAGGAUUUGCCUUUUGGGUUUUGUUCCUGUUCCACACAGGCUGGGAAGUGCCUGGAGGGAUUGAACAACCAGGCCGUGCCUCAGGCUGGGCCUUGAGUGGCUUCGUCAAAAAACUUGCUUUUCCCUUCACCAGGGACAAAAAAAGAUGGGGAAAAGGGUAAAACAUGGGAAUUUUGAAAGGGCAGAAUGAGUUUGUAAAGCUGAGCAGCAGCAGAGGGGUUUUUUAGCAUUUUUUAAAUGCUGCAACAUUUCCUGGUUGCUGUUGGUCCUUUUGUGGCUGCCUUAGUGAUGAGCUGGGUCUGUUCUCGUGGGAAUUGUCAGGUCAUUCCCAAAACUUUUGCACUGAGAAGAAAUUUGGGGUGGAAUUUCCUUUCCACAGGGGAGAGCUGCCCAACCCUGGAUGUGCCAGAGCACGGUGGGAGCCACUUUGCCUUUUCAGUGGCCUCUUCGGUGUCUCCUGGGUUUGGGUGAAGGAUUUGUUGCUUUUCCUUCAGAACCAAAGACGAGGAGAAUCCCCAUGGGACAGGGAGCAGCUGGAUAAAGUCCUUGUGGAUGAAUCCCUGGAGAAAUCCCUGGCUCUCUCAGGCAGAGCCUGGCUCUUCCUCGGCCCCAACAUUUUUGCAGGAAAAUCCUGUUUGUCCUUGUUCCCCGUGUGUGACAGACGGAUUUGGUGUGGGCUGUCCCUGGGUGUGGGGCUGGGCAGAUCCAGCCAGCUCCAGGCCCAGCAAUAAUCCCUGAAAAUGUUUCAUUUCACUCAGCUGUCUGGAUUAGUAAAACACCUCUUCCAUUGUGAGGCUGAGCUCAUAUCUUAAACUAUUUUCUUGAUGAAGUGCUUUCAAAAACCCAUUUAUUACCAUGUCCCUUUUUCUGUUUUUUUUUUUUUAAUUUUUUCCCUGCUGGGCUCUGGUAGAACAUUUCUCAUGGUGAAAACAUUUGUGGGGGUUGUUUAUUGAUAGGAAAAUUUCUGGGUGUGUUGGCACGUGUGUGAGUCCAGGGUGGGUCGUGCCCAGACAGCAACAAAGCUGCUUCCAAAGGUUUGAAAAAGUAAUAAUGUAAUUCACAUUUCAGAGGCCAGGCAGCACAUCCUGCUUCUAGUAAAGCUUUUAUAAGACUUCAGAGCUUUUUUUUUUUUUUUUUUUUUUUUUUUUAAUAUAUCCAACAAAUCAAGGGCUAUUACCUGGAAAUAAUAUUAAAGCAUUUAAUUCUUUAUGCUGCUGCUUCACUGUGCAAAAAUUCGUUGCUUUGCUUUCUCUGAUUCAGCUGCAUCAGCAGCCUGAAAAAAAAAAAAACCAAUUUACUUCUUGCAACUACAAUCAAAAUAAUCUGUCAGGGGAAAGAUUUGUGCUGGUUCCUGGGGGUAACUGGUUUGAUAAAAAGCAUUUGCAUGGCUAAGUGGUGGUGGGGAUGCACUGCCUUGAUCAGACACCAAAGAAAUUAAAUCUGGGCCCAGCCAAGGGCAGAGGUCAGAAAAUGAUGGAGAAAAAAGAACUGCAGGGAAGAAUUGUCAAGUGUUGAGUUUCUCGUUAGUGUUUCUGUGUUAUUUGCAUUUUCCAAGUGUCUUCAUUUAAAAUGCAUUUAAAUUUUGAAAACUCUCUGUGUAUUUUAUAGUACAUUAAUUGUCAAUAUAGAACAUGUCACACUUGAAAUAAAUUUUCAAAUAUG